CACCAUAUUGAUGCUCAGGAGCGAACGAAUUUUGUUGUUGGCAAGUUCGCGCUCAUAUUCCAAUGUAAUCGUUAGAUAAAACCCAAUCCAUCAAAUUAGAAUAAUAAUAAAAAAUUAGAUCAGGCAAACCUCAUUUCAGCUUAUAAAUAAAUUGGGCCAAAAACAAAUUUUUUUCGCUGAUCUCAUAAUCGAAACCCAACCGGCAAUCCAUCGAGCGCGCCAAUUUUUUGUUUGUUUGAAACAAUGCCGUCAUAAAAUACCCAGCAAUUGUCAUCAGCAUUUUAUUUAAUAUCAUUUUCAAAAUUUUUCAUAAUUAUUUAUUAAAUUAAAUAAACAUGUUCAUUAAACAGGUUGUCAUUAGCGGUUUUCGUUCAUACCGCGAACAAACGGUUGUCGAACCUUUCAGUCCCGGUCAUAAUGUUAUCGUUGGUCGUAAUGGUUCUGGAAAAUCCAAUUUUUUCUACGCCAUUCAAUUCGUUUUGAGCGAUGAAUUCUCUCAUUUACGUCCCGAUCAACGUCAACAAUUAUUGCAUGAAGGACCAGGCCAACGAACAAUGAUUGCCUAUGUGGAAAUCAUUUUUGACAAUUCGGAUAAUCGUCUUCCGAUCGAUGAAUCAACAGUAACAUUACGACGUCAAAUUGGAUUGAAAAAAGAUCAAUAUUAUUUGAAUAAAAAAAUUGUCACGCGUGCCGAUGUUAUGAACGUAUUGGAAAGUGCAGGUUUUUCUCGUAGUAAUCCAUAUUACAUUGUUAAACAAGGCAAAAUCAAUCAAAUGGCUACAGCACCAGAUCCACAACGGUUGAAAAUUUUACGUGAAGUUGCCGGCACACGAAUCUAUGAUGAACGUAAGGAAGAAUCACGUGUAGCUCUUAGAGAAGCGGAAAAUAAACUGGAAAAAAUAAUAGAUCUUAUCAAAUAUAUUGAAGAAAAAUUACAAACCCUUGAAGGUGAAAAAGAAGAGCUUAAAGAAUAUCAAAAAUGGGAUAAAAUGCGCCGUGCACUUGAAUAUACAAUCUACAAUAAUGAAUUGGAAGAUUCACGCAAACGACAAAAAGAAUUAGAAAGCCGUCGCGAAACGAGUAGUAUGGUUACGGAGAAACUACGGGAACAACUUCAAUUAUCAACCGAAAAAAUCAAGGAUUUAAGUCGUGAUCUACGUGAAGUAAAAACUAAACUUCAAACAUAUAAAGAUGAAAAAGAAGCGUUACAACACGAACACACAAGUUUUGUCAAAGAAAAAACACGUCUGGAAUUGCAUAUCAAAGACCUUAAAGAUGAAGUCGAAGGCGAUACAAGUUCAAAAAAACGAGCCGAAGCUGAACUGACAAAUCUUAAAGAACGAAUUGCUGAAAAACAAAAUGAAUUGAAUCAAAUCAAACCUGAAUAUGAAGAAAUGAAAUUACUUGAAGAAGAAUGUACACGAGAGCUAAGUCUUAAAGAACAAAAACGUUCGGAAUUGUAUGCCAAACAAGGUCGUGGUAGCCAAUUUACAUCGAAGAAUGAACGUGAUAAAUGGAUUCAAAAUGAAUUGAAAAAACUUCAACGUAAUCUACAAGAUAAGCGCGUACAAAUUGAUCGUCUUCGUGAAGAUCUUAAACGUGAUGCUAAGCGUAAAGAAGAACUUGAGUCCAAAAUUGAUGAAUUGACAAAAGAAUUGGAAAAUAACCGAUCAAGUAUUGAUAAUCAAAACAAAUCCUAUUAUGAUAUGAAAAAGAAAAAAGAUACACUACAAAAUGAACGAAAUGAAAUGUGGCGUCAGGAAAAUGCACUGCAACAGAAUUAUAACAUGUUGAUCGAAGAGAAAUCCAAAAAGGAUCAGCUUUUACGUUCGAUGGUCGGAAAAACCGUUUUGAAUGGUCGAGAUUCAGUGCAGAAAGUUUUGGAAGUAUUCCGAGAACGUGGUGGGUCUUAUGAACCAAUCGUCAAAGGUUACUAUGGAAUGUUAAUAGAAAAUUUCGAAUGUGGUAAAGAAUUUUAUACGGCCAUCGAAAUGACGGCCGGUAACAAACUGUUUCAUCAUAUCGUUGAGAAUGACAAGAUCGGCACACGUAUAUUGCAGGAAAUGAACAAAAUGAAAUUGGCUGGUGAAGUAACAUUCAUGCCGAUCAACCGUCUUUUCACCAAAGAGAUUGAUUAUCCACAAACUCCUGAUGCCAUUCCGAUGAUUUCACGAUUAACAUUCGACAAAAAACAUGAUACUGUCAUGAAAUUCAUAUUUGGCAAAACAUUAAUAUGUCGUUCAUUGGAAGUAGCAACAUCAUUAGCUCGUAGUUCUCAUCUUGAUUGCAUAACGUUAGAUGGCGAUCAAGUUUCUCAUAAAGGUUCACUUACUGGUGGUUAUUUUGAUACCCGACGAUCUCGUUUAGAGUUACAUAAAUCGCAUACAGCUUUGAUGAAAGAUAUUGCCGAACAGAAACAAAAACUAGAUACGUUACAUGAAAAGCUAAAUGAUGUUGAACAACAAAUUAAUCAACUUGUCAGCGAAAUGCAACGUGCGGAAACAAAGAAUAGCAAGAACAAAGAUACGUUUGAUAAAAUGAAAACGGAUAUACGAUUGUUGAAAGAUGAAUUAGCCGCUAUAGAGAAAUCACGGCAGCCAAAAGAACGAUCCUUAGUAAGCCAUGAAUCAAAUUUAAGCUCAAUGGAAUCGCUACAAGAAUCGUUGAAAAGUGAACUUCAGCAAGAUCUGCUGACACAUUUAUCUGUUCAGGAUCAGCAAGAAGUUGAUCGUCUUAACGACGAAAUUCGUCAAUUAACGGUUAAAAAUAAAGAAGCAUUCAGCAGGCGAAUGCAGUUGGAAGCACAAAAGAAUAAGCUCGAAAACCUUUUGAACAAUAAUCUUUGUCGCCGACGAGAUGAACUCGAAGCAGCUUUACAGGAAAUUUCUGUUGAAGAUCGAAGACAGAAAUUGGAAAGUGAACGUCAAGAAUUAUCCGUAAUAUCAAAUCGUAUUGAAGCUGUUAAUGAACAGAUGCGAACACUUGAGGAUAACAUCGAUGCAAUGGCUCGUCGGCAAAAAGAACUACAAAUGGAAAUUGAAAAGAAAAAAAGUGAAGAACGAGAUACGAUUGACCGGAUUAAUGAAGAUUCAAAAGAUCUUGAUAAGAUUACAUCGAAAAAUUCAAUGUUGGGCAAAAAGAUUGACGAAUGUAUGCGAAAGAUACGUGAAUUGGGUACAUUGCCGGCCGAUGCCGAAAUGAAAUACAAUAACCUGUCGUUAAAGCAGCUAUAUAAAAAAUUGGAAAGCUGUAAUAAAGAGCUACAGAAAUAUUCACAUGUAAACAAAAAAGCAUUGGAUCAAUAUUUGGAUUUUAGUGAGAAAAAAGAACGAUUAAUGCAACGGAAAGGUGACCUAGAUGCUAGCCAUAAAUCGAUCAUUGAUCUUAUGAACGCAUUGGAACAACGAAAAUAUGAGGCCAUACAAUUUACAUUCCGUCAGGUAUCAAUGUUUUUUAGUGAAGUUUUUAAAAAACUCGUACCGAAUGGUCGUGCAUCAUUAGAUAUGAAAGUGGAUGAUUCAAUGCAAAAUCAUAAGAAUAAUGAUAAUUAUUCCACACCAUCAAUUGAUAAUUUUACUGGAGUCGGUAUUCGAGUUUCGUUCACUGGUUCGAAUGCCGAAAUGAAAGAUAUGCAACAAUUGUCAGGUGGGCAAAAAUCAUUGGUAGCAUUGGCAUUCAUAUUUGCCAUACAGAAAUGCGAUCCUGCACCAUUCUAUCUAUUUGAUGAAAUCGAUCAGGCAUUGGAUCCACAACAUCGUCGUGCCGUUGCCGACAUGAUUUGUGAGCUGAAAAAAGAUGCACAAUUCAUUACAACAACAUUUCGACCGGAAUUGCUAGAGAAAGCGGAUAAAUUUUAUGGUGUUAAAUUUAGGAAUAGGGUCAGCCAUAUUGAAGUGGUAACGAAAGAAGAAGCACAAGAUUUUGUUGAAGAUGAUCAACAACAGGUAUAAAGAAAGAAGCGAAUGAAUAACAAUUUUA